AUGGUGGGACCAGCUCUGCAAUUUGGGUACCGGCUGUUUGCAAUCCGAGUUGAUAAGACUGUCUCUUAUAUAUAUCUGACAUACUGGGCGAAGAAAAGAAUGUUUUCUCUGUUUACACGGUUAACAGUGACGCUUCUAUUAAGGGCUCUUGGGUCCGUUCGCCAACAAGAGACGGCGAAAUUCGACAAAUCGGCUGAGCUUGCACAAAAGCGUGUCAUUCAUUUAGUUUCCCUCCUACUCUACUGUGCCAGUUCUGCCCGGACUCUUCUGUCAAAUACUGAAGGCUCGGAGUCGAGGGUGUCCAGAGUUCCCGGUGUAGGAACACUGAAGGAUAUCACUGGAUCCAAAGAGAGUGAUAGGAUGAACAAGACGGACUUCACUACCCUCAGCAUAAAAAGGCUUAAGAAUAUGGCCAAAUUUCAUACACUUACCUCCAUUCUGCCAUAUGACAUAAUUGCCUUCCAGGUAAUGCAACUGGUGACGGAAACCACAACCCGAUUUUCUGCUCCAGCUUCCAGCUUAGCAUCUUCCAGAUCCACUGCCGAGGAUAUCGGGGACCACAUCGAUCGCCCAUCAUCAGUUUCGCAAGCCGAGGAGCAGUUAAUGAUCAUUAGUCCAACGAACCCAGAGGACCCUCAGAGGGCAAUAGUAGAUGGAAAUUCACUGCCUUCACGCAAUCAGCCCCAUCACCAACCAACGAAUAUUGCGUCGACUAUCGGUGAAACACAUUCCACCACAGCGAGCCCACCAUUACACCCCCAGUGGACUUAUGCCCCCAUUGUCCCUGUAGUAAACGAGUCGAUGGACGAUGAUGUAUCGACUGUUCAAUCGUUGGGGCCAACAGAAAUCCAGGUGCCUACUAGGACUCUCGGCCUUAAUCAUGGGGAACUAUCAGAGGGCGUUCGAAACAAUAUCAUCGCUGAGGCCUGGCCUAUGGAUGGGGGAGAAAACCAGCAUCCUCCCACCACGGUCCCCGUUAGCACCAUGCCAGUCGAUGGCUCUCCUGGAUCAUCGCCUCAACCCUCGCCAGUAUCUCGUGCUCGAAGUCAAGCGUACAGGCCGAUUUUCCAACCGCUUACACCCCGCCUUGAAAGAUUUAUUCAAGCAGAGCAACCUUGGUCCCCAGAGCACCAAAGACCUAUCGGAUCGGCACGUGAAGACAAACUUCAGGAUGAUUUUGAUAAAUUCGAUGCACUGGGGCUUUGA